AUGGUGCUUGCUAAUCAGUUUUUUACACUGAUGUUCCAGGUGGGUAAAUUGAGAGAGAAAAUCCAAGAGGUUAAGCAAGAAAGGGAGCAGGAGCAGCACAAGCACACGGCCUACAUUUCUGAACUGAAAGCUAAGCUCCAUGAGGAGAAAAUGAAGGAGCUUCAGAGUGUCAGAGAGCUGCUGAUCCGACAGCAUGAGCAGGAAGUAGCGAGAAUGGUGAAAAUUAAAGACAGUGAAAUUCAGCGUUUGCAGUCAACAGUCAACGUGCUGCGGGACGGGGCAGCCGACAAGGUGAAGACUGCGCUGCUGAGUGAGGCGAAGGAGGAGGCCCGCAAAGCGUUUGACAGCGAACGAAUGAAGUUGCAACAGGAGAUCUUGGAGCUAAAAUCUGGUAAAAAGCAGCUUGAAGAAGCUUUGAACAACAUCAUGCAGGCAGAUAAAAUGAAGGCUGCUGACCUGCGCAUAGCUUACCAAUCCCAUCAGGAUGAGAUUAAUAGAAUAAAGCGUGAAUGUGAGAGGGAUAUCCGCAGGCUGGUAAGUUUAUGAAAUAAUACAUCUGUACAUCUGUUUAUGGAAGCAUUUAAGAUACUACUUUAUCUGCCCACAGGUAAAUAUCUAACCUUUUCUGCGGUAACAUCUUCCAUCAGUGGUGGCUGGUUCAAUAGGCUACUACUUUCACUACUUUUUCUUUCAUACAGCAUAGCUUCAUGCCUUGACUCCAUGGCUAUCCCAAUCCAAAGCUUUAUGUCCCAUCAAGCAGAAUGCGGUUGAACCAGAACUUUCCAGACUGAGCUUCUUUCAACAAAUCAUAGAAACCGUUGGGUUUUUUUUCUUUCCUACAUGCCUGAAUUGUACUAGUUAUCAGAGUCACCCUGGUCAAAGCUGUGAGGCACUGCUCAUUAGGCAGUUUAGUGACACUUUUUUGUGAGAGGGACAACUUAACUUUCCAGAGUAGUUUCGUAUUUUUAUCUGGCAAAUUCACUGUGCUGAACCAAGGCAAAGUAUUUUCUCCUUGUGAAUGAUUGCCCAGAUCAUUCGAUUUGAAGUAUUGUUACCUUUUUGGCUUCUUAAAGCUUCUAAUUUUUAUUAUUUUAUUAUUUAUUUGAUUGAUUAUGACUUUUAGGAGCAGAAAAAUUAGGGUGCAGGACAGAAGGUUCUGUCAUGUUUUGUAAACCAUAGGACUUCAGUGCAGAUGGCACACUGUGCCUAUUGUAUAAAGUGAAAGGAUGGGCAAUAUUUCCUGAUAGUGGGUGCCCCAAAUAUUUCAAAUUUGCAACUAUAGAAAUGCAAUGUAUACAAGGAGGGCUGUACACAUCAAUACAUUUAGAGCAAUUCAGCACCAAAGGACGUUUGUUUGGUACUUGAUUCUUCCUAUGUAUAUUCAAGAUAGAAGGUGGUUGAGUCACCAUCCGUGAAUG